CACCGCGCACCUUCUCCCGCCACCUGCAGCUGCGCUGGCGCCGCGACCACCGCUGCUGCUGCACCUGCAGGCACGCGUCACGCCGCCAGCUGUGCUGUCUGCACCUGACGAGUCCGCUAGCGCUCUGCAACUGACGUGUCACGCCUCGGAAACGUCGCUUGAGGACUUUUGACAGUGGUACCGGUUUAUUUUAUUCAGUCCAAAUUCGCACAUCGCGUUUCUUCGAAUCCGCGUAGGUUACCAUGAUAGACACGACAUUCUUGUACAACUUUUGAUAGUUCGGACAUUUAGUAUUUCGUCCCUUUUUUACAAUUUUGCAGAGGUCUGUGCACUCCUUUCAGUCGAAGUAAUGUAAAAUGUGGCGAUUUAAUUGAGGUAAUUGCUCUAUAAGACCAACUAACAGUGAAGUGCUUUGGUUGUAAAUAUCUGUAUCUGAAAGGAAACAACGGAUAAGGACUGUCAUAGUGGAAGUUUCUGGGUAAUUGAGAGUGAGGAAAGAGAUCAUAUCAGUAGUGUUAUAUAAACUGGCUUCAGUGAGGAUUAUUUAUACAUCGUAUAUAUUUAGUCUUACGUCGAACCUUUUCAGCAUCUUGUCACAAGCCGACGUAAGUGGAAAAGACUGUGCUUACAAAUACUAGGUCGUUUAACACUCUUGUUUCUGUGCUUCAUAUACCAAGCUGGUGCAUUUGUUAGAUAGAAUAACGCUGAGCGGAUGAAAAUCAACGUCGCAAUUUUAUUAUUGCCAAUUAUGUGUGGACACUUGCUGAAGACGUAGUGGAAGCUGCACCCGAUCAGUGUGUAGCUAUUAACUCAGGUCUCAGUAUCAGUCCCUGAGGAACACCAUAUUUACAUUCUAAGCCCGCUGCUGGAGACCUACCGUCAUACGACAAGAAUUCCCAAUCGACUGGGGACACUGCAGAAGUAGCGCAACCGCAACAUUUAUUUAAUAACUGACGCCCCGGCAUCAGUCCUGUGGAACACUAUAUUUGCUCUUUCUCAUCCGGUCAUUACAAAACUGGUUUCAUGUAUUGGCUGUUUUCAGUCGGUUGUGGACACUGACUGCAAAAUUGGUGACAUUAUUGUAAUAAUAAUCUUUAAUCAACAGCUCUGGCCAUAGCGUCCAUCCCGACAGGACAUCGCAAUUGCCCUCCCACGCAGCCAGUAUAAAAUUGGUGUCGUGCUAUCGACUGUUGUCAGUCCACUGUCGACAGUAACUACACGACUGGUGAUACUGCCCUAUUACUAAUGUUCAAUCAACAACUGAGGGCCCAACAUUGAUCCCCGUGGAACACCACAGUUAUUCGGUCACUUGACGCCACCCGGCGUGGCCCGCCAGCGUCGACGUACAGACCGAGUGAUAACCGUGUGAUGCUCGUGUCCAGCACCGCCUGAGGCCAUGGCGCAGAGAGCAUCACUGCUGGUGUUGACACCGCUGCUGGUGGUGGUGGUGGGAUUGUCCCUCGUGAUGCGACUGCCCGCCGCCCACGCACGCCAGCCGUCGCCCCUGGAGCGCUUCAUGCACGCGCGCUUCCCGUCCACGACGGAGUCGCCGCUGCAGCGCGACUGGCCCGGUGACGAUUACGACUCGGACAGCUUCGACGACGACGACAUCGACGACUACCAGGACAGCACCAGCAGCACGGCGCCGCCGCCGCCGUCGCCCCCCAGACAGCACGCUCCCUCGGAGCCGAUGUCGCCGCACAGCCAGCAGAAGUGGUCGCUCAUGGGAUCGCGGGCGGCCGUCGACGCCUUCCGGCACUCGCGGCUCAAGCUCACCGGCGCCGGCUCCAGGACCUCUGCCGAGAACGAGGUCCAGCUGGCGGUGGAGAACGCGCUGCGGGUGAACCGCGAGCACGAGUGCCGCGUGCCGGCGGCGCGGCUGGUGCGCGUCAAGGACGAGUACCCGCACCCCAACAAGCGCUACAUCCCGCACUGCGCCACGCUGCACCGCUGCGGGGACGACGCGGGCUGCUGCCACUCCGACACGCUCACCUGCGUCGCCGCCAAGGCGCACUCCGUCACCCUCUACUUCUACACGACCACGGCAGGGUCGCGCGCCGUGGUGGAGAAGCUGACGUUUGAGAACCACACGGAGUGCCGCUGCGAAGACAAGCUGGACGCCGUGAUGCCGCGCGACAUGCCAGACACCCAGCGGCCUCUGAGGGGGCCCCACCAUCACCACGAGCCGCAACAGCACCACAGCAGCCACGCGGCCGGCUGCCGGUGCCCCAGCGCCUUCUCCGCGCGCCGUCUGCACGGCGGCGCCAGCUGCCGCUGCGAGUGCUUCGGCCACCACGCCGGCUGCGCCCGCCUGCGCCGCGGCAAGGACUACUUCUCCACCAGGGACAAGUACUGUAUUCAGAGCGGAGAGUGCGCUCACCCUGACUGCGAGUACGGGCCUUACAUCCGCAAGGCGGGCCGCUGUCCACGCAAGAGGGAGCGGCUGUCUGCGUGGGACAAGGCGAGGCACUGAGCGCCCUGCUGAAGAGGGGUCCAGGCGGAGGCACCGAAACGUCACGUCGCAGUCACGACUCGACACCAGCGGUGGUCACCUCUCAGCUCAGCUGUUGCCGGCCAGCGGUGGUCCACGAGACCUAGACGUACCACGCUGUCAACAGCGACCACUCUCCAAAACUACACUAACCACGCCGUACCGCUUCCUCCCGUCUUUAGCCUGCCGCUCACUCUCGUGAUAAUGGUCGCGUAAUUGUGAUUCCGACUCUGUGCAGAUUAACUUGUGUCCUAUUACGGUUGAUGAGUUGCUGUCACAGUCGGUCAGUGUGUUCUGAGGGAACCAGUCCUGCGUUUCAGGGAGUAGAUGUAUUUAUCGGGAUACAUGCCAUCAGUAAAUGACAACAACGAUCAUAUCGAACGAUUCAGUGCCAGAUUUCUGGUAGGAAAUUACGUAGAUAGCUGUGAGUAAUUAAAAAGUAUGUUCGUGGUGAGCAAUGAACGCAUCACGUCAUAAAGGAAACUCACAAAUCAUCUUACUAUCUUCACUGGUUACACUCACAAGGGAACCUCCCCAUCGCACCCUCCUCAGAUUUAGUUAUAAGUGGCACAGUGUAUAGGCCUUGAAAAACUGAACACAGAUCAAUCGAGAAAACAGGAAGAAGUUGUGUGGAACUAUGAAAAAAGUAAUCAAAACGUACAAACUGAGUAGUCCAUGCGCAAGACAAGCAACAUCAAGGAGAGUGUGAGCUCGGGAGCGCCGUGAUCGCGUGGUUAGCGUGAGCAGCUGCGGAACGAGAUGUCCUUGGUUCAAGUCUUCCCUCGAGUGAGUAGUUUAAUUUUUUAUUUUCAGACAAUCAUCGCCACACGUACUGUUUAUCAACAAAUGUAGGAAAUAAUCAUACAAAUGUUCGACAAUCUUUCGAUCUGCCUUACAGUUCGGAAAAUAUUCGUUGACAUUGUUACUGAAGUCGCGAGCUAUAUUUGCUGGAUUCAUAUUGCCCACGGAAUGCAUCUCACAUAUUUAAUACACUCUCGUCCAAAGUAGCGAACAGUCAACUGCCAGCCAGGGAGCCACGUUAGCAGGAAUACUCUCUCUUCCGUGCGCUGUAGUCGACUGACGUCAUGUGUUUCGAUGUUUGUUUAGGUGUAGCGUCGUCAUACUACGGCGCAGUUGCCUGGCAUCGGACGGACGGAAGGACAGAUAAUAAUUGUCUGAAAAUAAAAAAUUAAACUUUUCACUCGAGGGAAGACUUGAACCAAGGACAUCUCGUUCCGCAGCUGCUCACGCUAACCACGGGAUCACGGCGCUCCUGAGCUCACCCUAUCCUUGAUGUUGCCCAUCUUGCACAUGGACUACUCAGUUUGUAUAUUUUGCUUAUUUUUUUCAUAGUUCCACACAACUUCUUCCUGUUUUCUCGAUUGAUCUGUGUUCAGUUUUUCAAGGCCUAUACACUGUGCUAACUUAUAACUAAAUCUGAGGGGGGUGCGAUGGAGAUGUUCCCUUGUCAGUAUGUUUUAGAGUGAUGUCUUCUUGUUUCCACUUCCAUCUUACUGUAUCCGUGCCAGCAGCUAGUAAGCGCAUCAGCUGGUUGCGGCGCUUCAGUCUGAGCUACCAAUAUUGCCCCUCACUUCACAGUGUAAAGACCUGUCUGCCACAGUAUCUUCGCUAAUCUUAUUGCGCUUGGGAUCAAGGCAGUUUGCUCCUACCAUUCCUCAAGGCCAUCUCCCAGCUGACAUUUCGUGGUGCCUAUUCCUACGAGACUGUUCAUGAACAGCUUUCUCUACAUACAAAAUUGUUUGGAAAUGCAAUAAUUACGGCGGAAGGGAAGAACGAUCAACAAGUGUCUUCUAAAUAUCUAUUUCAGCUCUAGCGAGAGAUGUCACAGUUGUUCAUACAUUUAUAUUGGACGAGUCAGUGACGUAAGAAAGAAAUGUAAUCAGAGUUUUUGAGAAAUCCAAUUAAACUGUGAAUAACGUAGACAGGGAACAUGAAGCCAUGUUUCAUAGCUAAAAGAUUCCUCAUAUUAGAAAAUUAAAGUUCCUCGAGUGAAACGAAAGUUUUGCUUGUUUUGUUAGCAGGGAGGGAAAAUUCAGUUGUUUCUUUUCUUUAAUGUUACGCUCGCCGCAAAAUGAUGACCGAAGAACAGAACCAUAAAAGUAGACGUUACUAAGUCAAUGUUUUCUGAGAUGCUACGCGUCGUUCAAUGCUGUGAUGGCGUCGCAAACUGCAAGGUGUGUUUCUCGUCACUCGUGCACAGCAAUUGCUUCUCUUUUACUUUUUACAGAGUCGAUGUGAGAAUGCUGACAACACCUUCCGUCAGGGAGUUCGACUUCUCUGAGGAAGACGAUUAAUGCGUCAUCCAAAGCCUCAACAAAGGGUGCCGUUAUAAGAUGUCAAUAAAGCAAUAUUUGACGUCACAUCCUCCAGCCAACACUGCCAUUUUACUGAGAACAAUUUUUAUUCAUUAACAUAGUUUCUAAGAAAAGUGUGUAGGUUAUAACGAAAGUAAGCCAAUGUAUAUAAGAGUAAAUGAUCAUGUGUGCUGUGUAUGACUAGACUUUAUAGUAUCAAAUGUAAAGUUUUAUAAUGCUCUUGAAUGGUGAACAUGACAUUAAAAAAAUUGUAGUUUUAAGACA